AUGAUGCUCUGUGAUCUCUCUUCUGACCACCACGAGGCCACCGGAUCCAGCUCCCACGGUGGUGACCUCGGCUUCAGCAGCCAUGUCCUGCUCAGCCCUCUCUUCGCGCCGGCGGCGACGCCGACGCCGCUGCUACCAAGGCCGGCACCGCUGCUGCUGGGGUUGGAGGAGCCCGCCAGGGCCAAGAGGAAGAGGAGCCAGCCCGGAAACCCAGACCCUGGCGCGGAGGUGAUCGCGCUGUCGCCGCGGACGCUGGUGGCGACGAACCGCUUCGUGUGCGAGAUCUGCAACAAGGGCUUCCAGCGGGACCAGAACCUGCAGCUGCACCGCCGCGGCCACAACCUGCCGUGGAAGCUCCGGCAGCGCACCGUGCUGCUGCCCAGGCCCGGCGGCGACGGCUCCGGCGCGCCGCGCAAGCGUGUCUACGUCUGCCCCGAGCCCACCUGCGUCCACCACGACCCGGCCAGGGCGCUGGGCGACCUCACGGGGAUCAAGAAGCACUUCUCCCGGAAGCACGGCGAGAAGCGGUGGAAGUGCGAGCGCUGUGCCAAGCGCUACGCCGUGCACUCGGACUGGAAGGCGCACGUCAAGAACUGCGGCACCCGCGAGUACCGCUGUGACUGCGGCAUCCUCUUCUCCAGGAAGGACAGCCUGCUGACCCACAGGGCCUUUUGCGACGCCCUAGCCGAAGAGAGUGCAAGGCUCAUCGCAGCUGCGAACAACAACAGCGCCGCCACCACCUGCAACAACAACAACAGCGGCGGCAGCAGCAGCGACAUCAACAAUAUGCUCAUGCCAAGCAACAGCUCGCCACUCUUUCUCCCUUUCGCAAGCCCUCCUCACGCUCAAAACCCUAACCCCCUCAUGUUUCUCUCCCAAGAACCUCAACACCACCAGGUGCUCCCCCCGUUCCAGCCCCUGACAUACCUUGAUGACCUCCCUAUGACUACCGGUAGCGGUUCGGCCGUCAGCGCCGACACUGUCAGCUUCCGGCUCACUCCAGAAGGCUCGGUGACUAUGCACGCCGGUGGCCGCCACCUCACCAGGGACUUCCUAGGCGUCGACAACUCCGGGGAGGUCGAGGAGCUGCAGAUGUCGGUGCCACUGUGCGCCACCCCGUACCAGGGACGCUCCGUCGGCUCCGCCACCGCCUGCUGCGCCACCGACCUGACCAGGCAGUACCUCGGCCGGCUGCCGCCGGUGAACGAGCCGUGGAGCCACAACUUCUAG